GCUGGAGCAUAACAAUCCAGGCUGGAACCAUGGACUCUACCAGGGAGCCCCAUGUGAAGGUCCUCAGUGGUGUCAAUGACUACGUCAACUAUGACAUCAUUGUCAAGCAUUACAACUUCACAGGGAAGCUGAAUGAGAAAGCAGAUAGUGGGAUCAAAGCCUCUUCAGUGGUCUUCAUCAUUAUUUGCUGUUUCAUCAUCCUAGAGAACAUAUUUGUCCUGCUGACCAUCUGGAAAACCAAGAAGUUCCACAGACCUAUGUACUAUUUCAUUGGUAACUUGGCACUUUCGGAUUUGCUGGCUGGGGUGGCUUACACAGCCAACAUUUUGCUGUCCGGGAACAAGACCUACACCCUCACCCCAGCCCAGUGGUUCCUUAGGGAAGGGAGCAUGUUUGUGGCGCUGUCGGCUUCUGUGUUCAGCCUCCUGGCCAUUGCCAUUGAGAGAUAUAUUACGAUGCUGAAAAUGAAACUUCACAAUGGCAGCAACAGUUCUCGUUUGUUCCUACUGAUCAGUGCCUGCUGGGUCAUCUCGGUGAUAAUAGGGGGUCUCCCUAUUAUGGGGUGGAACUGCAUCAACAUCUUACCAAGCUGUUCCAUUGUGUUGCCCCUCUACCAUAAGCAUUACAUUCUCUUCUGCACCUCAGUGUUCACUGCCAUCCUGUUGGCCAUUGUGGGCCUCUACUGCAGAAUCUACAUCUUGGUGAGGACUAGGAGCCGUAGGCUGACCUUUCGGAAGAACGCUGCUAAAGCUACCAGGAGUUCAGAGAAGUCUCUGGCUCUGCUCAAGACAGUGAUCAUUGUUUUAAGUGUGUUUAUUGUCUGUUGGUCUCCCUUGUUCAUACUACUUUUGCUGGAUGUGAGGUGCAAAGUCCGGUCCUGCCCAAUCCUCCUUCAAGCUGAAUAUUUCUUAGUUCUUGCAGUUCUCAACUCUGCUACAAAUCCUAUCAUCUAUACGCUGACCAACAAGGAGAUGCGGAGAGCCUUUGUCAAGAUUGCGUGCUGCUGUAAGUGUCCCACCACGGACUCUGGGACCAAAUUCAAGAGACCAAUCAUUGGAGGGAUUGAGUUCAGCCGCAGUAGAUCUGAUAAUUCCUCCCACCCACAGAAGGAUGAGGGUGAUGCUCCAGAUACUAUGAUGUCUUCGGGUAAUGUCACUUCGUCAUCUUAGGCAUUUUUGUAAAGAUGAGGCAUGAGCACCUUGACAUCAGACAAAUAGGAACAGUUCUGCUCACUUGUCUGCAAGCCAGAAUGAGAAGGGCUUUGAGAUAAAAAGACAGUGGGAU